AUGUAUCGAGAUCGAGGGGGAGGAGGAGGCUCAUUGAAGGGUGGGGAGAUGUUGGAUCGGAAGCGAAUCAACGAUGCGUUGGACAAGCACUUAGAGAAGUCUUCCCCUUCUACAUCUAGAAACAAGCCCUCAUCUUCCUCCUUACCCUCCACCUCCACCGGUGCCGGGAAGCAUAUGGACCACCGCGAUGCCCGGGCACCGUCAAAUCUUAAUACCAGCAAGAACAAGUGCUCCGAUGAGGAAUCUGAAACAGACAGUGAAGAGUCUGAUGUUAGUGGUUCUGAUGGAGAUGAUACGUCGUGGAUUUCUUGGUUCUGCAACUUGCGGGGAAAUGAGUUCUUUUGUGAAGUUGAUGAUGAAUAUAUUCAAGAUGAUUUUAACCUCUCUGGGUUGAGCAGUCAAGUCCCAUAUUAUGAUUAUGCACUUGAUUUAAUUCUGGACGUUGAAUCCUCUCAUGAUGAUAUGUUUACUGAGGAACAAAAUGAGUUGGUUGAAUCAGCGGCAGAGAUGCUCUAUAGUCUUAUUCAUGUCCGAUACAUUUUGACAAGCAAGGGAAUGGCUGCAAUGUUGGAGAAGUACAAAAACUAUGACUUUGGAAGAUGCCCAAGAGUUUACUGCUGUGGACAGCCUUGCCUUCCUGUUGGUCAAUCUGACAUCCCACGUUCAAGUACCGUGAAGAUAUACUGUCCCAGGUGUGAAGAUAUUUACUACCCUCGAUCCAAGUACCAUGGCACUAUCGAUGGAGCUUAUUUCGGUACCACAUUCCCUCAUCUCUUCUUGAUGACAUAUGGACACCUCAAGCCACAAAAGCCAACACAAAGUUACACACACAGAGUUUUUGGCUUCAAGCUUCACAAGCCUUGA